UUGGUGAACUUUACUUCGGUUGUACGAGUCGGUCAGAAAAUCUCAAUUUAGAAUAAAUAAAUAAAUCUGAAUUCUGCGGUAGCGUGGCAUUUUCGAGAAAACUGUUUUUGUAGUUUAUAUCGAACGUGUGCAUUGAAUCAAAAAUGACUAAAUUUUCUGUUGGGAAUCUUCUCGCUGCAUUCACGGCCAUACUCGCAGGCACCUUUUUUCCGCCCGUAAGAUAUCCUACGAGUGUCAUGCCUGAUGAUAUCAUCGUAGACUUCAUAGUCGUGGGCUCAGGCUCGACGGGAAGUGUGGUGGCUGGUCGGCUGGCCGAGAUUUCGGAAUGGGAUGUGCUGGUUUUAGAAGCCGGAGGACAACCUCCAGCUUUUGCCAAAGUUCCAUUCCUCCACUUCGGCACAGAUUUCACCAACACUUCAUACGUGAACUAUUACAAGAAGCGUCCUCAGAAAUAUUCUGAGCAAUUCGCGAAAAAUAUAGGAGGCCUGUACAUGAGAGGAAAAGUGAUUGGCGGCUCAGGCACCAUCAACCAGAUGAUGUAUCAUCGCGGUAUUCCUCAAGAUUACGAGAACUGGGCAACGCAAGGUAAUCCAGGCUGGGAUUAUAAAACUGUCCUGAAGUAUUUCAAGAAAACUGAAGACUACCAGGGUCCUCUCAAGUCCCGAGAUGCUCCAUUCCGAGCUUUUGGAGGUCCUAUUGGCGUGGAGAAGGUUUCUUGGAAGCCUCCAGUUUGUCGGGUGGCCAUCAGAGCGGGCGAGGAGAUGGGGCUGGCUGAGGUGGACUACAACACAGACACAACUAUUGGCAGCGCUAUCUUCCAACUCACAACCAAAAACAGAGAACGGGUGACCACAGCAGACGCAUUCUUGUUGCCUGGCCUACGACGUCGGAACCUUAAACUGCAAAUCAAUUCCCAAGUAAUUAAGAUACUCAUGGAUGCUGAAAAUCGGGCAAUUGGAGUGAAAUAUGUUCAUAAAAAUAAGGUGAGGAAAUAGAACAAAAUAAUGGUAUUCUCUUCUGAACUGAUAUUUAAAAGAUGUACCAGUAUGUCAUCGCAUAUGUAGCUCAGGCAAUCAUUUGAUUCCAAAUUUUCCUAAAAUUUUGAUUAAGUGACAAUA